AACAGACGGACUGGCUGUAAAUAACGGGCAGACCCACAGCGGUCAGAAGUUCAGCCCUAUAUUAUAAUAUAAUGUAGGUGUGCGUUUUUUUUCCUGCACGCAGUGUUUAAAUCUGACCUUCUGCGAGUGAAGACAAGGACACACGGAGAGUCAGAAGUCGGUGUGACAUGGUUACCAAAUGUAACACUACCUCCUGGGUUAGUAAACGCAACCUCGUUUACCCAAUGCAAAAUUUAACUCCCCUCCCUAUGUGUGUUGCUUUCUGCGUGUAGGAUUGAGUUAACUGCAGCCAAGUAGCCAGAUUACCGUGGAUUAGCAGGCAUUUAAAAUAGUCACAUUAUCCCACCAGUCCUCUCGCACAGUCAGCUACAACAACACCUUUUAGGUUGUCUGCCAAAUAUUUUUGCUGUAAAGGAACUCAGGGUUGCAAGAGGGAACCAGAUGCAGUAGAAACAGGCUGUGUGAGGUUCUGCUUUCACCUGCUGCAGUUGGUUCCUGAUGAGACCUCCACUGAAGGUCUUCAUCGGUUAAAAGAGUUCAUGCAAAGCCGAGAAUGAAGCUGACACACCUUAGGGGUGUAGACGGGAAACAGACCUGCUUGUUGAGAAUCAAGUUUUUACCUGCAGCACAGUGUCCUGGCCAGUGUGAAAGGUGACAGUGACGUGAAAGGCAAAGCAUAUGACAGGCAACUGUACACGUUGUGCUGCUGCACAUAGAGGCAACAAUACUGUCAGCAUCAAGUUGUGGAGUCUGUGAAGUAAAACAGCGGCAUCAUGUUCUACGGUUCUUCCUCUGGGGCGAGUAUGUCCCUGCCAUCCAAGAGCCGCUUGAAACGUCAGAGCAGGACCUUCACGCAGGUCCUGUACCGCACAUUAAGUUACAGAGACCGUGUCCCUACAGAAACUGGAACAAACACCCGAGGGGACCGGCGCUCGACGACUGAACCCCCAGAGCGGCCGGCGGAUGACCCAGCUGAACUCUCCACGCAGAGCUCGGCCCCCGGGGUGUUGAAGAUUUUCGGAGACGAAAUCUGUGCCGGUGCCAAUUACAAGAGCGUCCUGGCCACGCCGCGUUCUAGUGCGCAGGAACUUGUGAAAGAGGCACUUGAGCGGUACUCGCUCAACAAAGAUGCUGCCCACUCUUACGUCCUGUGCGAUGUGAUCGGACGUUUCGAGGGAGGGGGCAUGAUCGGAGGAGGAGGAGGGUGGCGGACUGAAUGCUUGCGAGCGCUGGGGGACAAUGAAAAGCCACUGUUGCUCCAAGAGCUGUGGAAGCCCCGAGAAGGACACGCUCGCAGGUUUGAGUUGCGCAGGAGAGCAGAGGUGGAGGAACUAAAUGCCAAGGAGAAGGAUACCAUCACGGCUGAUAUUAAUGCCCAGGCUCGUAAGCUCCAGAGGAACAGGGCAAAGGGGACACUGACCCUGCCCCGAUCCAGCAACUCAUCCUUCUGUCGCAGCCUCAGCGAGACCAGCCUCAACCAGCUGGGAUUGGGAGAGGAGCCCAAGCGUUAUUACUCCACCCUGCCAGGACCACUAAGGGGCCGAGAACGUGAGGGGACCUCCAGCACAAGGAGAAAAGAAGAGGGAAAUCACGGAGGAGGAGGGGUGAAGCACUCUCUUUACCAGUCCCCUCAUCUCCUGCUGCUACAGGGAUACAAUCGGCAGGACUGCCUGGUUUACCUGCUGAACAGAGAGCAGCACACAGUUGGACAGGAGACUCCAUCAGCUCGCCCCAACAUCUGCCUCUUUUCUCCUGACAUCCUGCCACUCCACUGCCGCCUACGCCGGGUUGCCGCACCCCGUCGCCACACCAGCAACAACAACAAAGGAGAAGAUCCGGGGGAGAGUCAGCGAUUCUGUGUUGCUGUUGAGCCCGUGCUCAACGCCACAGUCCUGGUGAACUUUUCCCGCUGCGAGCGCUCCACCACGCUGCGCCACGGUGACCUCCUUUCCUUUGGAACACAUUACAUCUUUCUGUACAAGGACCCCACAGGUUCUAAGCCGCUACCUGCGCAAACCUUGGCACGCCUUCGCACGCUGGGACAGCUUUACGACGCAGGGGUGGAGGAGGGAGAGGGCGGGACUCAGACUUGUAAGAUGUGUGGCUCCGUGCUGAAGGACAGAACAGCACAGGUGUCGAGCGCCCCAGCAGCCAGACGCGGUUUCAAACCUCACCUGGUAAAACCCCGCAGUGUCGGGACAUCAACAGGAGGGCUUCUUACUGUGUCUGGGGUUGAUGGAGGAGGAAGAGGAGGAGGAGGUCAGAAAAGGAGGCUACAGCUGGAGUUUGACCAGGCUCAUGAAGAUCAGCUGUUAAACAGGAUUUUGUCUCUCAUAGAACCUGGAGGAGAUGACCACAAGCUGACGCCUGCCUACCUGCUGUGCAUGUGCAUACAACACUCUGCCUCGACAUUCCCACCUGGAAGUUUUGGAAAACUGCUGCUCAAGAUUGUCCGGCGAAUCCAGAGCAUAGCAUGGGAGAAGACAAAGGAGCUGGCACAGAAGCAAGCUCAGCACCAGGACCCGGCCUCGCUGUCUCUUCUCAACAUCUCAGACCUGGUCCCAGACCUGCAGACCAUUUUCUUCUGGAUGUCCAACUCUAUCGAGAUCCUCUACUUUAUACAGCAAAGAGCGCCAGCAUACACACACAGUAUAGAGGCACUGCAAGGGUCAAAGGAGUCGCUGCUAUCAGCAACGAUAUCAGCCAAUGAGGAGGCUAUGACAAUCCUGGAAGAAGUAAUCAUGUACACUUUCCAGCAGUGUGUCUACUAUAUCACCAAGGCUCUUUAUGUGGUGUUACCGGGUCUGUUGGACUGUAAUCCAUUUCCACUCGACAGCUCUGAGCCCUGCUGGAAAGGAGGCGUGGGGUUCCCUGAACCUGUGCGAAGGGUCUUGCAGGUCUUUCAGAGUGCGCAGGAGCUUUUGCAAGGCUACCAGGUUCACCCAGAGAUCCAGGCUCAGAUGUUUGCUUACCUCUUCUUCUUCUCCAAUGUGUCGCUGUUUAACCAACUGAUGGAUAAAGGUCCGUCUCGAGGUUGGUUCCAGCGGUCCAAGGUGCUGCAGAUUCAGGCGUGUUUGAGGAUGGUCAUGGAGUGGGCGAGCAGGUCUGGUCUGGGACAUCUGGCUGAAAAAUUUUUCACCAAACUCAACAGCACAGUGUCCGUAUUAGCCACACCCCCACAACAGCUCACUCAGUUGGGGUGGCGGGCGCUGUCCAGUGAGCACCCGACUCUGAAACCAGUCCAGCUCCACCGGAUUCUCACUCAGUACCAGCUCACAGCAGAGAUAGGCCCUGUUCCAACAUGGCAACCCAGCAGCGAGGACGAGCCGUACAUAUACAGAACAGUCGACCUCCUGGAGAGCUUUGAGAACCACCCUCCCAUCGUGCUGCCCAGCGCGGGCUUCAGAGUGGACCUGGACAGCGAGUGUGUAGAAGACAGCAUCUACAGACAGCUGCUCUACAUCCGCCACUACCUGUGGGGGCUCCGCACCAAGACGCAAACGCACACCAACACUCCCAGUGUGCAGACACACUCCAAUGGAACCAACACAGCUGACUGGCCAGAAGUUCAGAGGGAGCUGCUACCUCCGGGCCACAGUAGUCCCCGUUCGGGGGGUCCUGGGGACGAUGGGACAGCAGAGCCAGGAGAAGAGAGAGGACGGGACAGACCCUCAGGCCAGUCGCACACACACAGCCUCAGAAGGAACGGCACCGUUCACCACCCUCGACCGGCAAAUCCAGACCCAUCCUGCCUCCUGACUCCUCCCAACACCCCCCUGUAUCCAGAAGGAGGAGGUGGCGGAGGAGGAGGGGGGCCUGUGCCGCAUAUCAGCACCAACGUCCAGACCAACGGCUGCACCAGCAGGACUGUGGCUGAAUGUAAAAAGACCAAUGGACUCAUCACCAAUGGACUGGAGGGGUGUAUUAGUGGGUGUGAAUUCCCUUUCCCUGUAUCCUCCCAUGGCGUCCAUUCCCUUCCUGAUGACUUGUGUGUGGUGUUUGUAGUGGAACUGGACAAGGGACCCUACGGACUGGGCAUGGGACUCAUAGACGGCCUGCACACUCCUCUCAACGCUCCAGGCAUUUACAUCCGGACUCUGAUCCCUGAUGGGCCGGCCGCAACUGACGGCAGACUGAGAAUCGGAGACCGCAUCCUGGCGGUGAAUGGGACCAGUCUAAUAGGAGCAGACUACCAGAGCGCGGUGGAUCUGAUUCGUCUGGGAGGGGGUCGACUGCGUUUCCUGGUAGCCAAGUCCGACCCGGAGGUCUCGGAGAAGAUCAGUGCCUCUUCCUGCUGAUCACCUCAGCCUCCCAGCUAAGACGUGCACAACACACUACACCGGACUGGAGAUAGGAACCGACGAGGAAUACAGAUGUGUGCACUGACAAACAGGGUACACACAAACCCACACCCAAAGGAGCCUCAUGAAAUAUGAAUGUGAAACCCAGCGUGUGCACGGCACAAAGCCAAGCAGAUAACACUCCACGACUCCACUGAACAGCUGCCAUACCUGCUUCCCUCACGCAGACCCCUACUGGGUUUGCGUAACAGACAUGAUCUUAAACCCUCUGCGACAUCAAAGGAGGCCGCAGCGUGGAAAGUUGCCUAAUUAAUCAGCAUUUGAGGUGGGUUAGGUCUAACCAAUCAGUAUGCAGUGUGAGGCGGUUUAAAGCACAGCAGAUUCUCAUCAGUCGAGCCCAGAGGCUUGUGUGACUUCUGCCAACGGUAUUUUAGAGUUGUUUCUAUUAAAUUCCAGAUGUAAACAGCACGACGCGAUGCCUACCCACCUCUCAGAGUGAGAGACUGAAGCAAGUGGACACAAACUGAAGACGUACUUUAGAAUUUUAAAAGCAUUUUCAGACAAAUUGAGCCUCAGUGAACACCUGAAUGUUUUGUAAAUCUAUUUGUUAGCGAGCAGCAUCACGUCUACGCCACUGACGCAACUUUGAGAACGAAUGUUGAUUUUUGCACUGAAGAGUUGAAGAAAACGACGGAGGCAGCAAACUCAAAAAUUACAGGACCGGUAACAUUGUAGCUGGGCUUUACCUCCGGGGGGAGGGGGCAGUAAGAAGAACUCUUUGCAGUACUAAGCUGUUGUGCGAUUUUAUUAACAACCACAUCAUCAAGGCAACAUGCUUCACUCCAGACUUCCAGCUGUACGCUUGCAGUGUGUUUAAAGGCGGCAUAAACAGCUGUUUGUAAAUAUUAUUCGGAUGUUCAAAACAAACUGCAACUCCAUUUUUUUUCUUUUCCUGAAAUAUACUCAAGACAGGAACACUAAGACUUACAGAUGGAGAAAAGGUAAAAAUGUGGUUAUUGGUUGUACUUUUUUUUUAAGUUAUGUAUUUAUUUUGAACAGGAAUGUAUGAUCUGUGCAGUGAGGAAUGUUUGUGCAUAUUAAAUAGUUAGAUUGUUCAACAAAAUUACAAAAAGAAAAAAAAUGUUGUAGCUAUCCAUGCAGACUACUCUUUGUACUGGUUCAAAAACUGAGAUACUGGUCUAAGAUUUCUGCCUGAAAUCAAAUACAGUGGCCCUUAAUGUAAAUUUUUGCAUUGAAUAAAACACAUUUAAAACUUUUA